CGGUACAAUCAUCAGUUUUCGACAUUUCGAUAAACCAACAACAUCGCAUCAACAUGAAGUACCUUAUUCUUUUGGCACUCGUCGCUGCCGCGUACGCUUUCCCACAGGAACCUGUUCCGAUUGUACGAUCGGAGAGCAAUAUUGAACCUGAUGGCAAAUAUCACUACGCUUAUGAAACCGGAGAUGGUAUCAAAGCCGAACAACAAGGUGAACCCCGUCAAAUUGGAAAUGAAGUUGGAAUCGCCGCCUCUGGUCAAUUUUCGUUCACAUCUGCUGAUGGAACCCCAAUUUCAGUGACUUACACCGCUGAUGAAAAUGGCUACCAACCCGUUGGUGAUCACAUCCCACAGGUACCAGCCGCCAUCGCUAAAGCCCUGGAAUGGAUCAAGGCUCAUCCUGAACCAGAAAACCAAAAGCACUAAAUAAUCCAUUAUUUCCAAAAUGAUAUUGAUAUAAUAUACGCACACGACUCAGGUCCACGACUUAAUUUUAAGAAGAAGAAGAGAUUUUUAUUGUGUACAUAAACUGACGAGAAAAUGUAAAUAUUGUUGAAUAGUGAUAAUGUGAAUAGAAAUAUAUCUGCAAUUUUAUUAAAAA